AUGGAUGAAAGUUUGAUGACAGCUGCUCGAACCGGAAAUGUAGGUAAUUUGUACAGGUUAAUUCGGGAAGACGGGAAUGCUUUGAGGCGAUUCGAGGAUGUGGAGUUUGUGGACACCCCUUUACACAUUGCUGCAGAACAAGGUUGCAUUCGGUUCGCGAUGGAGAUAAUGAACCUGAAGCCAUCAUUUGCUCGAAAACUGAACCAAGAUGGCUUGAGCCCGAUGCACCUCGCAAUUAAAAAAGGGCAUAAAGAGAUGGCGUUACGUUUCAUGGAAAUGGAUAAAGAUGUUGUUCGUGUCAAGGGGAAGAGUGGUAAGACUCCUUUGCACUUGAUAAGUAAAUUUGGAAACCACGAUGGUCUGUUGGAUAGAUUUCUAGAGGUUUGCCCUGAAUGUGUUCUAGACGUUACCACUAAGAACCGCACUGCUUUGCAUAUUGCAACCAAAUACAAGAGACUGGACGUUCUUCAAGUCCUAAUCCGAAUGCUUCGCAAGAAAAACAAAGACUAUUACCGGGAAGUGGUGAGCCGGAAAGACGAAGAAGGCAAUACUGCGUUGCACACAGCUGCCAACACUAAUCAGCCUCAGAUGUUGAGAUUACUAUUAGACUGCAAGGCUGAUAAGCAUGCCACCAAUCAGGCUGGUUGGACGGCACUGGAUGUUGCAAUAGGGCAAAAUAACAGGGAAAUUAUCAGUAUUUUGCGCGGUUGCUGUAUUCCAAGAGUUUCAAACUUCAAAUAUAAGGUGGAGAAACUAAUCGCCAAGUAUCUAACGAAGGCAUCGUCACUAAUAUUUUCGGAUAUGGAUAAUAUAUCAGGCGAAGACCGCAAUUCUUUACUAGUAAUUUUAGGAUUACUUCUUACAGUAACUUUUCAAGCAGCUCUUAGCCCGCCCGGUGGUGUCUGGCAGGGCGAAAGUUCCACAAAGCACGACUUUGGGGAAUCAGUCUUGGAUUCAUUCAGACAGCAGUUGAAGUACUACUCGCUUUUCUUGCAAUAUGCUUUCACCUAUCAGUAA